GCCGCAGCUACAACAAUCCCAACAGCUGCCGACGCCCGUGUAGCACUUUGCUACUAUUUACAAAGAGCUUCACUUACGUGAGACUAGCUCAACAUGCUGCCUGAGACUUUGCUGGUAUCAGCACCUGGAAAGGUCAUCCUUCAUGGGGAGCAUGCUGUGGUCCAUGGCAAGGUAGCAUUGGCUGAAGCCUUGAACUUGAGAACAUUCCUACGAAUGAGGCCUCACAAAGAUGGGAAGGUUAGACUCGUCUUGCCAAACUUAGAGACCAGUAGGGAAUGGGAUGUUUCCAAGCUCCAGCUGCUGCACGCAUCCUUUCUAGACUCAGGUGAGCCGACAGCUCCAACCACAGAGCAGGUGGAAAAGCUGAAGGCGUUUGCAGGCUUCAUGACGGGCUCCUCCGAGCGGGAAUGCCUGGCUGUGUUGGCGUUCCUUUAUUUAUAUUUAUUUAUUUGCAGGAAACACAGGCCCUUACCCAGCAUGGACAUCGUGGUGUGGUCCGAGCUGCCCACUGGGGCAGGGCUAGGCUCCAGUGCUGCUUAUUCAGUCUGCCUGGCAGCUGCUCUGCUGGCCUCCUGUGAGGAGAUCAUGAAUCGCCUUAAGGAAGGUGCCACCAGUGCCCGGUGGACUGAGGAGGAACUGAAUUUGAUUAACAGAUGGGCUUUUCUGGGAGAGAAAGUCAUUCAUGGGAACCCUUCUGGUGUGGAUAACUCCGUCAGUACUUGGGGAGGAGCACUUCGAUUCCAAAAAGGGAACAUUUCAUCUUUACAGAGGAUACCGGUCUUAAAGAUUCUCCUGACCAACACCAAAGUCCCUCGGAGCACCAAGGCCCUGGUAGCAAGUGUCAAAGACAGGCUGGCCAAGUUCCCAGAGAUCAUGAACCCAUUACUAGUUUCCAUCGAUGCCAUUUCCCAUGAGUGUGAGCGUGUGCUGGGCGUGAUGGCGGCGACCCCGACCCCUGAGCAGUACAUGGUGUUGGAAGAGCUCAUCGACAUGAACCAGCAUCACCUCAAUGCCAUUGGAGUGGGCCACUCCUCCUUGGACAGGCUGUGCCAGGUGACAGCGGCCCACGGGCUACACAGCAAGCUGACCGGAGCAGGAGGCGGGGGCUGCGGCUUUACUCUGCUCAGGCCAGGUCUGGACCAGUCUGUGGUGGAGGCCAUCAAACAGGCCCUGACAAACUGUGGGUUUGAGUGCUGGGAAACCACCAUCGGGGGUCCAGGAGUCUCCCUCCACUCCGAGGCGUCCCUAAAAGACAACGUGCUGCAGGCUUUGAACAGCCUCUGAGAUGAUGCUCCCGCAGUCUGUCGCAGUAGCUUCCUGGGCCCUCCGUCCACCGUGGUAGAUACUGGCAGCUGUGAAUGGAAUUCCCUCCCCUUUUGUCACGGCAGCUAUAGAGCUGGAGAUGGGCCCGUCCGAGGGGCACCCUGCGGUCGCUGUGCCUUCUUCUGGCGUCCUAAUGCCCAGACACCCUGGAGGCCGAGGCUCCCAUGUUUUCAAACUUCACACCUUGGUCCCUAAAGCCUACCCCAGACCCACGUUGGUGAGCCUGUGGCACCCGGACCCAGGGGGCUGCUUCCCUCCCCUCCACGCACCGAGGACUUUUCUCCCAUCCCCUGCCCCUCUCUCCUGGCAUCCUGUGGUGUUACCAUCCUGGCCAGCUCCUCACUUGACACUUAGCAUGUGCAGCUGCUGGGCAGCAUUUCUUAAACUGUCAUGUUUGGGGAGCUAGUGGCUAGGGUACCAGGCCAGGCGAUAAGCCGCCCUGGGUUCAAAUUUGGCCUCAGGCACUGCUUAGCUGAGUGACCCUGGGCA